CAACCCUACUUUUGACUCAAAUAUUGAACAAACAGUUUCACAAUUAAAUGCAAAAAAGAAAUACCUUACAACAGCAGAUGAACCCACUUUUAAAAAGCAUUUGUAUUUUACAAUGGGAUUGUGAGAGGAGAAUAAUCAGGGAUUGGAGAAAUAACAGAAAACAAAAACAAACUGUUUCAAGACCUGUCGAGGUUGCUGAAGACCCACCUGCAGGCUUGUGCAAAAAGAGAGAAUUUCGAGAGAUUAGGGUGGUUUUUGGGCAAGAUUUGAGACGUUUUUUCUUUGUUUUUUUUGUUUUUCUCUGUGUAGCAGAUAUCUCUCAUGAACGUUUUUAACCUCCUGGAUGGUGUCGAUGGCGCAAUCUGCUACACUCCAUGGUCACAAUGGUCUCACAUCGUCUUUGCGUGCUCUUUAGAGUCAUUACAAGGUACUGGAGCAUCAGCAGAGCCCUAACAUUGUUUAUUUUCGUUUUUGUUGCAGUGCACACCAGGUACCACACAAAUUGAUGUAUGGAGUUGCGUCCUUCACAGCCAUUGACCUAAGUUUGUGGACAUUGGUCAGAAUAUGAGUCAUUGUGUAGUUGAGGCUCCUGAUCACAUGACCGCUGCACAAGCUUGUCGUGAUUCUGCAUUGCAGGUAAGGAUAGAUGUAUUCGAUGCGCGUUGGUCGAAGAUUGCUGUGUUCGCGGAUGAGGGUUUCGACAUUCUCGACCUGUCAUGAGGCUAGUUCAUUACGCUCCGCGCCCCACAUGAGAGGGCACGACCCUUAUCAGACAAUUAUAGCGCCCUCUUCAUGGUUUUUCCAAAACAUCGGUUCUCGACCUGUUUAUUGGGAGUAUUAUCCCAAGUCAUUAAAACACUUGCAACGAGCCUUCACGCUGUUCGAAUUCAAAUCGUACAUAAGAUCGUUUUUAGGUUUAGCAGUUGCAACGAGCUCCUUGGCGACAGAGCAGGGAGCCGUCCAAUGUGAGAUUCACGACGAGUUUCAAGCAAAGCAACAGGGACCAGUCAUUUCUGAAAUCAUUGCAGAGGGCUCCUUUGACUUGGGAAAGGAACAUAAAUUGGUGACCUUAAUAAAAAGAUAUUGGUGGCCAACUGCAUUUCUUCUAACUGUAAUUGUGGGAUAUCCAUACCCUAUGUCGUUGCUCCCGAAUUCCUUGUUGCUGCUGUGGACCACAAAGCCAAAUCCUACAUCAAUCCAUCUUUGGCUGGAAAAGAUGAGACACAAUCCACGAGUCAUGCAAUGGGAAGAGGAUGAAAUGAAGGCGAAGUUAAUUUCUCCAGCGACGAUCAUGCACGUAGAAGUUCGAGAUUGUAUGUUCUUUUGCCUUGCAAAAGUCACCUACCCUGCAUUUGAUGCGACUGUAGUGGGAGUGUUAGGAGACUGGUGGGUAAUUUCCUCUUCGUCAUCAAGGAUAACGGCACUUGGUUUGAGCCUGGAUAAUGUUCCAAAUAUUGACGAUAUCGCCAAGAACUUGAAGAGCAAGACCGAGGAGCUUCAAGCUGAGUUCAAAAAAGCUACAGAAGAAGGUCUCAGAAAAUACAGGACUUGGUGUGAAGAGCGGCAGCUCUGAGGCACACAGAGUGCAGUGUCAAUUUGUAUACAGUGGAAGAUUCAUAUGGGGUUUCUGCAUUUUGUUGAGGAAAUAUGGAUAGUCCUGUUUCAUUCCAAUUCAAUCUGUUCUCAUUGACAGUGGUGCGAAAUCACAAAAUUAAAUUCGCAUUAAGACACUGUUAACCUACUGUCCGAAGAGCCUUGCUAUGCAAAUCAGAGGCAGGGGCUUGUGAAUCUGUCCUCGACAUCGCAUUCAGUUUUAAUCCAGCAAGACAACAAAUUCUGCUACCCAUCCAGAGGCAGGCAGGGAUUAUUAAAAUUUAAAAAAAUCAAAAAACCAAAUUACAAAAAUUAACACAAGUGUACUGUGCACGUAAUGGCACCUGCAAUUUUUGUGUUACUGUUUUACCA